CGCACAGAGAUUCGCAGGACGCACGCAACAACUUUUUCCCGUCGUCCCAGGUUCUUUUUUGUUUCGUGCGAGAAAACGGUGUGUGACGUAAUCCUAUAUAUCCCCGAACAGAUGAGAUUGAAGACCUUAAACAAUUCCUCGACAUUUGGACAAAAGUAAGAUCACGAAAAUGACUACUUCGAAGGAAUUAAACUUAGCCAAAAACAGUCUCGUGGCGUCGCUCGGUGACAAUGCGAAGGUGUAUUUUGAGAAAAUGAAAUUGUGGUUUCAAAUGAAGACUUCGAAGGAAGAAUUUGACUCCGAGGCGCGCAGCCUCAUGACGGACGAUCAGGUUCGUUUGCACAACGAAUUUCUGCUGUGCAUCUUCAAUAAAGUUCGCGGAUUAGCCGUCGCUACACCAAUUCCCAAAAUAGACAGAGAUAGAGACAGAAGUUCAAAGGAGAAGAAACUUACGGGACUGAAACGCAAAUACAAAACUGACAAGUCAAACUUUGAGCCGGCGGAUAUGUACGUGGAGGUGUUGGAUCAAACCACAGCACUAGCCAGAGAAGAGCCUACCGGUGCCAAUCGAUCCAGCGCCCAAGAGCUUUUGCUACCAGAUCGGCCUUUCGUUCUGGCUCGACUGAUGCUCGCAGCGUGGGAGCACGGCUUGGACGAUGCUGAAGAAAGCACCGCGCACAUUGUCAUAGUUGCCACGCAAAUGUUCUUGAAAAACAUACUUACCGCCGUUUUUACACGGAGAAAAGGAUACGCCAUUCGCGACAAUUCCUUUAUUUAUAACAUAGGCGAACCAGUACCCAGUUCGUGGAAGAGACAUUCUCUGUACAUAAACUCAUUUAAUUCUGGACCGACAGAAAUCAUGGAGCAUUACGGCCAAAUCCCGGUGGCAAAACCGACUGUUGAGGAAGCUGAACAAGCCACCGCUUUUUCAUACGCUUGUUCCACACAAAUACUGCGUCCUCUGUUGAAGCCAGUAAACAUAGCAGACUUGCAAUACACGUUGAAGAUUUAUAAAAAUCUCGUAAGCAAUCACACCUUGUAUGCUACCAAUAUGGAACGACUGUACACAUACGCUACUCAUCCAACGUGGGAGGAUUUAGAAGCGAGAAAGUCACUGUGCCAGUCUUCAACGUGAGAGUCAGUAUUUUUUUAAGUUGAGUACUUUGUCGAAUUUUUUACUUAACAAUAUUUGAUUGGGCAGAGCGAAGAAAUAUUUUUUGUAUCCAACAAAAUUGGAUGAAAUUAAUGAUUCCAAAGAAACAAAUGUAUAUUGUAUAAAUGUAUUUGUAUAUAUAAAUAUAU